CGUGGCCAGUCGGUGGCUGUGCCGGGAACGCGCGGGAGCGAGCGACGGGGGUGUUGGUGGCAGCGGUGAGGGGUCGCGCGCGUGCGCGCGCCUGUGUGUGUGCCGCAGCUGCAGCCGCAGCCGCUCAUCAAGAAAUCGCGGCCGGAAUCUACACUCUUCAUGUUUUCCUCAAACGCUGGGAGAAAAAGGAGCACCGUUUGUUGACUGAAAUCUCCCUUCCAACGCAGCAGCGCGAUUUCCCCCCUUAACUAAGGACAAACGUUUCCAAUGAAUGUCACUUGACAGAAUAUGACCGACACAUAGCAACCCGCAGAGGCAUGGCAGCUGCUUACCUUGACCCAAACUUGAAUCAUACAGCAGGUUCAGGAGCCAAGUCCCGUUUGAGUAUGGAACGCUCUCCUGGAGCCAUGGAACGAGUGCUGAAGGUCUAUCAUUACUUCGAGAGUAAUAAUGAACCCUCAUCUUGGGUCAUGAACAUACGGCAUGGUGAUGCAACAGAUGUCCGGGGUAUUAUUCAGAAGAUUGUAGACUCUCAUAAAGUAAAGAAUGUGGCAUGCUUCGGAAUUCGGCUCAGCCAUAUGCAUUCAGAGGAGGUCCAUUGGCUGCAUCCAGACAUGGGUGUUUCACAUGUGCGUGAGAAGUUUGAACAGCAUCAUCCUGCAGAUGAAUGGAGGUAUGAGCUUCGAAUCAGAUAUUUACCCAAAGGCUUCUUGACUGAGUUCAGCGAAGAUAAGCCUUCUUUAAAUUUCUUUUAUCAACAGGUCAAGAAUGAUUAUAUGAUGGACAUAGCUGAUCAAGUGGACCAAGAUAUUGCACUGAAACUAGGGUGCCUUGAGAUCAGGAGAUUCUACAGAGAAAUGCGGGGAAAUGCCUUGGAAAAGAAAUCCAAUUAUGAAUUGUUGGAAAAGGAUGUGGGUUUGAAGAGAUUUUUUCCCAAGAGCCUAUUGGAUUCAGUAAAGGCAAAAACAUUGAGGAAGUUGAUACAGCAGUCUUUUCGCCAGUUUGCCAAUUUGAAUGAAGAGCAAAGUGUUCUGAAGUUCUUUGAGAUUCUGUCUCCAGUUUACAGAUUUGACAAGGAAUGCUUCAAAUGUGCCCUUGGGUCAAGCUGGAUAAUUUCAGUGGAAUUGGCAAUUGGACCAGAGGAAGGGAUCAGCUACCUUACAGACAAAGGCUCUAUGCCAACUCACCUGGCUAAUUUCAACCAAGUGCAGACGAUUCAGUAUUCAAACAGUGAUGAUAAAGACAGAAAGGGAACUUUGCAAUUAAAAAUAGCUGGAGCUUCAGAGCCUUUGACCAUAACAACUCCAUCACUGAACAUUGCAGAGAACAUGGCAGACUUGAUAGAUGGUUAUUGCCGCCUUGUGAAUGGAGUUGCACAGUCAUUCAUUAUCAGGUCCCAGAAAGAAGGAGAGCGUGCCUUGCCUUCCUUACCGAAGUUGUCAAACAGUGAAAAGCAGGGAUUGAGGACUCGGGCUGUUUCGGUCUCAGAUGAAAUUAGUGGGGACGAAACCGAUGAUUACGCAGAGAUCAUAGAUGAAGAGGACACAUAUACCAUGCCCUCUAAAAGCUAUGGGAUAGACGAAGCCAGGGAUUAUGAGAUACAGAGGGAGAGAAUUGAACUGGGCCGCUGCAUUGGAGAAGGACAGUUUGGUGAUGUGCAUCAAGGAAUUUACAUGACUCCAGAAAAUUCUGCAAUGGCAGUUGCUAUCAAAACAUGCAAAAACUGCACUUCAGAUAGCGUGCGGGAGAAGUUCCUACAGGAAGCCUUAACCAUGCGACAGUUUGACCAUCCUCAUAUAGUGAAGCUGAUUGGUGUAAUUACUGAAAAUCCAGUCUGGAUAAUUAUGGAGCUAUGUACCUUCGGAGAGUUACGGUCGUUUUUGCAAGUAAGGAAAUACAACUUGGACUUGGCCUCCUUAAUUCUGUAUGCUUACCAGCUAAGCACAGCACUCUCUUAUCUAGAGAGUAAGAGAUUUGUACAUCGGGAUAUUGCUGCUAGAAAUGUCUUGGUAUCCUCAUUGGACUGUGUAAAAUUAGGAGACUUUGGUUUGUCAAGAUACAUGGAAGAUAGCACUUACUACAAAGCUUCAAAAGGGAAGUUACCCAUCAAAUGGAUGGCUCCUGAAUCAAUUAACUUUCGUCGGUUUACCUCAGCAAGUGAUGUAUGGAUGUUUGGUGUUUGUAUGUGGGAGAUUCUAAUGUAUGGAGUGAAACCAUUUCAAGGAGUGAAAAAUAACGAUGUAAUUGGUAGAAUUGAAAAUGGUGAGCGCUUGCCAAUGCCUCCAAACUGUCCGCCAACACUCUACAGCCUUAUGACAAAAUGUUGGGCAUAUGAUCCUAGCAGAAGACCACGAUUCAAUGAACUGAAACAGCAACUCAGUACAAUACUGGAAGAAGAGAAAAUGCAGCAAGAAGAACGAAUGAGGAUGGAGCAGAGACGACAGAUCACAGUGUCCUGGGAUUCUGGAGGAUCGGAUGAAGCCCCUCCAAAGCCCAGUAGACCUGGCUACCCAAGUCCAAGAUCCAGUGAUGGGAUUUUCCCCAGUCCUCAGCAUAUGGUGCAACACAAUCAUUAUCAGCAGGUUUCCGGAUAUACUGGUUCGCAUGGAAUUUCGCCCAUGCCUGGAAGUAUUUAUUCUGCACAGGCCAGUGUAUUAGAUGCUCAUGAUUCCUGGAAUCACCAUAGGCCUCAGGAUAUUCCAAUUUGGCCACAAAAUCUGGAGGAUACUAGCAAUUUGGAUAUGCGUGUAAUGGGGCAGAUGCUCCCAACAAAUGUCAUGGAAGAACGGUUAAUAAGGCAACAGCAAGAAAUGGAGGAGGAUCAGCGAUGGCUUGAACAAGAAGAGAAGUUUUUGAAACCUGAUCCAAGAUCCAUGAGAAAUAAUGUUGAUCGAGAUGAUGGAGGUCUUCUUGAUCCAACUGGUAACCAACAUAUCUAUCAGCCUGUAGGUAAACAAGAGCAUGCAGCACCACCAAAGAAGCCACCUCGACCUGCAGCACCUAGCCAUGGAGGAAGUAUCGCCAGCCUUAAUAGUCCAAUUGAAAGUUACAAUGAAGGAGUAAAGAUCCAGCCACAAGAAAUAAGUCCUCCGCCCACAGCAAACUUGGACCGUUCCAAUGACAAAGUAUAUGAAAAUGUCACUGGAUUAGUGAAGGCAGUGAUAGAAAUGUCCAGUAAAAUCCAACCAGCGCCUCCAGAGGAAUACAUACCAAUGGUGAAGGAGGUUGGUUUGGCAUUAAGAACUUUAUUGGCUACAGUAGAUGAAACUAUUCCAUCACUCCCAGCAAGCACCCACAGAGAGAUCGAGAUGGCACAAAAGCUGUUGAAUUCUGAUCUAGCAGAAUUAAUCAGUAAAAUGAAGCUAGCCCAACAGUAUGUGAUGACAACUCUCCAGCAUGAAUACAAGAAACAGAUGUUGACAGCUGCACAUGCAUUGGCUGUGGAUGCCAAAAAUUUGCUGGAUGUUAUUGACCAAGCCAGACUGAAAAUGAUAGGAGGGCAGACGAGACCCCUCUAGCUGUCUGGAAUCUGCUUUUGGCCAGGGUGGGCAGGGUCUUGGAAUGAUCAUGUGAUCAAAUCUGUAACCAGCACAUGGAGUCACAAAGAGCCAAAAAAAAACUUUAUAUAUCUACAUAUGUAUAGAAGCCGAGAAUGUGCUAUAAUGUCAAGGAUUCUGGGAAACCCAAGGGCUGAGAAUUCUUGCUGCACAGUACAGGAACUCCAGACUGGAACUUUUCUCUUUGAAUAGAAACAGACCAAUAUUUAGCUGCAAUACAUCAACCAGGAUUUGAACAAAGAUGUUAUAUUUUCAGACUGAAGUCAUUUAAUUGUAACAAAAAAAGGUUUCUUGAUCCUCCACCUCUUAUGAAUGGAGGUGCUCCUAUAUUUCGAAAACACACGGAAGUGUUGGUUUAAAAACUAGCAUGUAGAAUAGAGCUGAGACUGAAUCUUGCUUUGAGCAGAAAUACAUGCUAGUUGUUUAGAGAAAACCUGGAACAGAUUGUGCUGCAUUUGCUGAUGCAGCAAAACUGAGUGUUGUGUAUUAAUAUUUCUUCUACCAUUGUUUAAUUUCAUUUUUUAAUUAUUUAAAAUGAAAGCCAUGAUGACAAUUAAAAACAAAAUAGUUCAUAACCAUCUCGUUUCUGGCUUGUCUAGGAUUUUGUUGGAAACAGUGUAGUAUGCAGGCAUGGUACAUUUAUUUUUAGUUUCCCAUAUGUUAUACCUGUUCUCUGGAACUCCCUCCUUCAUUUUGGGGUAUAAAUUAUUCUCAGGAAGAAUAUAAUGAACUGUACAGUUACUUGACCUAUUAAAAAGGUGUUAACAAGAAGUUCAAGCUUGUAAUGUUUUGUGCAGCUUGUCUAGCAUGUACACUUGCACUCUGUUUCUCUAAUUAUAAUUUGUACUUGGAUUGAACCAGCAACCCAAAGCUGUGAGUAAAUUAAGAGCUGGCACCAAAAGUAGUGGCCAUAAAAGCUUGAAAAUCCAACUUGCUUAUUCAUCCCCUACAGGGAAGUGACUUUGCUCAGCAUUUAGUACCAAUCCCACACUGUGCGGCUGACUCUUGAUAACCUCUGACCAAUAAAUGCAGCCUUACCAGCAGUACCCAAAGCCUGAGACUGAAAACAUUGGCAUAUUCCAAGCAAUCAUUUUAUUUAAGAUGUUACCUUGUGUUUCUCUUUAUCCUCUACAGGGUAAAAUCUCCCAACUUAUGUACAAUUCUGUUGCAACCUUUUAAAUGUUACAUAUUGAACAUGGAUAAGUCUGGUUUCAGUAACUCUUUCCAAACAUGAUGCUGCUUUUAACAAAUCCAAGCUUUAUGGAAUGAUCUCUAACAAUAUUAGAGCAUUUUAUGUACGUAGAAUUUAUAGGUCUAACUUCAUUGUAAUUUUUAGUUUCCCAAAUAUUUCAAAAGUAGAUGGGAAACUCUCGACAUCAGCAUAUUGCUUCACUUAAUUUACUUUCCUUGUCCCUGCAGUUUUGUUUAGUCUCAAAGUAGAUCUCAACAGUAAACCAUUGAGCCACUUGGGUUUAUUCCGUCAUUGAGUUACAUCCUAGCUGAUCUGUACCUCUGCUCCAUUUACUAACCUUUACUCCUCAUCGCUUGAUAAUAUUAAUUAGCAAAAAUUUAUAAAUCUCAAGCUUGUAAAUUUAAAUUGACCUGAUAUCCACAGCCUGUUUGGAGAAAUUGUUCAAAAUCUCCUUUGAGUGAGGAGAUGUUUCCCAAUAUCAUAUAGACACACAGAGCAACAGGCCACUCAUUCCCCUAAACCUGCCCUGUCUUUCAAUAAGAUCAUGGUUGAUCUGAUAAUAACCUCAACUUCACAUUCCCACCUUCACCAGUAACCUUUCACCCCCUCCCUUAUAAAGAAAAUAACUACUUCUACAUUAAAAAUAUUCAGAGUCUGCUUCUACCACCCUUCAGGAAGAGAUUCAAAAAUUCACAAACCUCAUAGAAAAAUUGCCAUUCCCCAAAAUAGUUGGACUUUAAGAGCUUUCCCUCUUGCUCUUAAUUGUCCCACAAAGGGAUGUAAUUCCUUAACAUCUCCCACAUCAAAUCCUUUUUCAUUUUAAACAACUUGAAGCAUCAAUUGUCUAAACUUAAGGAAACCCAAUUUGAUAAUUUAACCCAAUAAGCACUGGUACGAAAUAUAAACAGAGGUCCUAACCCAGAAGAGGUUGUUCUAGUGGUUAUUCUUCCUUGUUCCACUGAGAGAAUUGAAGCACCCCUUGUAUUACCUCAGCUGAGGCUAACUACGUUAGCCAGAUAAAGACAGAAAAUGCUGGAAACACUCAGCAAGUCAGGCAGCAUCUGUAGGGGGAGAAACAUUUAACGUUUCAUCAGGAUCAGGUAUCAUUCUGUUAAAUUUGCUGUAACCCUCUCUCUCUCUCUCUGCAGUAAUCAAGCUAUCCUUUGACAAAGGAUCUGUACACUACUGUACUCAAUCCCUUUGAGGUAAAGGCUUCAGACAUUCUAAUGCACCUGUGUAACAGCUUUUACCAAUAGAAGGAUCUGGAUAUGUAAAUCCUGCUCCACCACAGCCCCUGGUGUUUCAGCAUUAAGAUGAUUCUUUUUGUCUUCAUCAAAUCUACAGUGAGUGACAUCAUACUUCUCCACAGUUAGCUCCAUCUGCCAGAUUUUUGCCUCUUCGUUUGGUUUAUCCAUGUCUCUUUGCAACUUUUUGCUCCAGUCUAUUCAGUCUAACUCGCAUCAUCUGCAAACAUGGGUAUAUAUCUCCGUACUCCUGCAUUUGUCAUUAAUGUACAUACCAUGGGCAGACCUCUGGUUUAUACCACUUCUGACAUGCUGCCAAUAAGAGAAAACCUCCCUUUAUCCAUAUAAUGAGUAGAUUUUGGUCUGACCCACAUCUCUCAACCUAGACUCAAAACUAUCUGAACAGCGUACACCUCAGCACGGGCAGUCAGUGCAAAUAGAUCCUCAGCCCUCAUUACAAUAGAUAUAAAAAGCAAUUGGAAAUGGCACCAGACGAAGGAAGACAUCAAUGUUAGGACGAAUUAGCAAUGUACCACAAGAUCCGGCUUGGAAAGAGCUAUGUGGGUGAAGAUAACUCCGGCACCACUCCACAAUUACAAGAUUUUUAAAACUUAAGUCUGCCUGUAGUUGGCAAUCAAGGGAACUCAAAUGAGAUCAAAGACACUCCACUCGUUUAGAUAAGUGCAUUUCCAACAACAACCAUGAAGCCAGGUACCGUUCAGGAAAAAGAACAUAUUUGAUUGGAACUCCAUCUCCUGGUCUGAAUACCAACUCCUCUGUCACUGCUAUUCUGUGUGUGCUAUCCAGGAUGCACUGCAGCACUUCUGAAAACCAUUGGUUUCUCUCCAAGUCACACACCAUCAUAAAUCAGACGUGUAUCUUCAUCCCCGAGUCAAAAUGUUAUAACUCCACCCAACGCUGACUGUAGCCACUCAGGAACGUGGCUCACUGUCAUCUUUACAGAGUGGCUGGGAUUGUGCAGCAAAGGAAAAAAAUAUACUUCAUUUAUAUAGCACUUUUCAUAUCCCUGGUAUUUCAUAUUCCUGGUUUUCCCAAGCAGUUUGCAGCCAACACGUUACUUUUGAAGUGUUCUCGCUGUUAUCAUGCAUCAAGUAGCUGCUUUCUGAUGCCUACGACUUGUGAAUGAAAUGCAAUAGUCCAGGCUAAAGCUGGUUAGUUGAUAAUCCACUUAUCAGGAAAUGAUGGCACCUAUCAGGAAGCGAUAAUUCACAACCAAAAUGCCAUAUGUUUUAUCUGCCGUGCUCACUGCUGAACCAUCCUGGUCACCCCCACAUGAGCUGAAGUGUUCACUGAGAAAAAGAAGAGAAAUCAGAAGGAAGACAAAUUCAAAGGGAGGUGAACUCAACCAACAAGUGUUCAAUGGGUUAUGAUAUGAAGAGAAAGAAACAUAAGAGAAAUCUGAUAAGUGUUUUAAAAAAUGGUGGAGUGAAGCAAGAUAGAAAAAGUGGUAAUCAGAGGUGAGGAGCUGCACCAGAACUAGAGAGGGAUGAAGAUGGUUAAAGAAUAAACAUGUAAAAGUGUAAAUUGGUGAACAGAGUUCUAGUAGGGGAAAAUGAUUGAUGCAGCUUUGCAGACGUACAUUAAUUGCAGAGAUUAACUGCAAUUACUUGACUGUCUUAAUGUAUUUAAUACUUUUGAUAUUCCUAUUAAGUAUUUUAA